CAUUUAUUUCUGAUUUGAGAUUUAGCCAAUCAGUUCAAGAAAAUCUUAAAUAUUCACGACAGAAUGAUUUUAAAAUUCCUGAUAUUUCUUCUGAUUCGGAAGUAUCCCUUGAGCCUGAAGCUGAUGUACCGAGGAUAAAUUACUGA